AUGCAACAAGCGUUGGCACGAAUGCAAAUGGGACAUGGCAUCAAUCUAGCAUCGUUAACGCCCCAGCAACACCAGCAGCUGCUUGUGACUGCUGCGUUUCGGCAGGGUAUACCCAUGGAUGAAAUCAAGAACAUGACGCCCUCGUCACGACUCGCUCUUUUGCACUCCGUGACGCAAGGCAUGCCCUUGCCAAAUACACCGACAAACCGCUCCGCAGAUCCGCAAUUACAUGCACGCUUGUUGCUCCAGCAGCAGCAGCAGCAGCAGAAUAUGCUUUUCAUGCAACAAAUGCAGUCUCAAGCAGCUGGUCAAGUCAAAAUGCCUCAAAGUGGAAAUGCCACGCUCCAGGCACUGCUCCAGCGGCAACCACAGCGUAUGCCGCCAGGUACACCGUUGGCUGGCUCAAAAGCGCCAGUCAAUGGGGCAGAAAUGGGCACAGGGGGGAACAUGGGCGUGAUGGAUGCUAGCAUGGCAGGUGCAACUGCUGCUGCACAUGCGGCCAUGGCAUCUAGACCGAUGUUGCCAUUUUCUCGUGGCGAUACGCAGUCGCCUAGUAUGCAGCCACACGGGUCUGCAUCGUUUGCUGGGGGUGCGAGCGGCGGUGGUAUGCAGACCCCUGAACAGUUCACACUGCAACAGCGCCAAAUGUUAAUGAUUCAAUAUCAAACACUGCAAGCGGCUAUCAAGAACGAGUGGAUGAAGGCACAGAGUGCUACAGUGCCCGGCAUGGCACAGCUAAGCCUCGCAACGGCGCAGCAAUUGCAGGCCAAGGCACAGUCGAUUCUUUCAUUUCUGCAUACGGACCCAUCUCAACCAGCCUCAUUUGCUGGAGAUCCGUCAAUGCAGGUUCAGAUGUUCCAACACCUACAGCAGCAACAACAACAGCAACAACAACAGCAACAACAACAACAACAACAAAAUGCGCUGCCACAACAGCAACAGCAGCAACAACCACAAGCACAGCUCCCUCAGCCGCCGCAACAACAGCAGCAGCAGCAACAACAACAACAACAACAACAACAACAAGUUCAGCAACCACCAGCGCCAUCGCAGACAUCGCAGCUCCAUUCGCAACCAAUGCUGGCAUCAACGCAGCUCCCGGGUGGACAGGCAGCCAUGAAUACAGCACUACUGGGACAGACACAAAUGGCGCAAAAAAUGGGUCCUGUGCUGCCAGGUCAGAACUUACCUGCAGGUGCACGGAUGCACGAGCUUGAUUUUUCCUCUGUUCCCAGUGUGAAUGGCAGUAACAUGACGCCGUACUUCCCUCCGUCCAUGGGCAUGAAUGGAAUGGCGCCCUCACUCAGCACUUCUCAACACCCAACACCGACACAGCCGCAAACUCAAGCGAUGAUGAAUGGAUUCAUGUCGCCAGGCAUGCCCAAUGCGAAUGGAACUGCACCAUCAACGCCUCUCACUUCACACGCUACUCCACAAGCAGCUGCUUCCAACACCAAGGGGCGCAUGAACACGGCACGAGCGAGCGUGGGACCGUCACAGGGGCGUGCCGUCACAGAUAUGCCUAUGAGCCCGUGGCAGACCCAUCCGCCCACACCUCAUGCACACGAGUCGCCAUCGGCCCCGAUGCCCAAGAAAGAGAGGACUCGCAAACACGCCCGCAGCUCAUCGACAAAGACACCAUCAGCAAGCCACGCGUCCACACAUGGCGCCGGCGCCGCAGCAGACAGGUCCGAAGACGUCCCGCCGAAAGAUGAGCCACAGGAUUGGGACUCAAGCACGAAAAGCGAUGGUGCAUUAGCGCCGGCACCACCGUCGAAGUCACUUGUGUCGGGCUCGACGUCUUCGACAUCCGGCGCGCAGCCCAUGCUAAGUAUGCCUUCCAUGAUGGACGACAUGGUCACAGGAUCUCUGUCUUCGGCGUCAGGCACAGGAAACAAUGCGGAUGACUUUUCAGUCAUGUUUGGCGUGUCGGAUAUAUUCGACUUUGACGGUGGCGAUACCACAUCAAACUCGGGUGGUGGAUUCUUGGGUAACUCAACCUUCUCUGGAGAAGGUGAUGGGGGCGACAAGACGGAGACAAAGACGUCGGAAUCAAAUUCAGAUCGAGCUUGA